AUGUGUGGGGAACUCGUGUGUGCACUUAAGAAGUCUAGCAACCUGUCUUCCCGCUCCCUCUCUCCUACUACCUCACCUCACCUCACCACAUCAACAAUGUCUAAAACCGCCUUCAUGCCUUCCGUCUCAGUCACCACACAGACACACACAGCCCAAGCCGACAAUGGACCCUACUAUGCUGUCAGAGUUGGCCAUAAGCCUGGUAUUUAUACCAGCUACAAUGCAGCACUACACGCCGCCGAAAAUUAUCCAUGCUCACAGCCCAAGAAGUUCGACACUCGAGCCAAGGCAGAGGACUACAUGGAAGAGUCCUUCACUUGCGCACCCGAGCAUUGGACCAGUGUACUUCUGAUUGAUGAUGAAACAGACGCCUACACAUGGUUGGCUUACACAGAUGGCGCAUGUGAGAACAACGGUGGACACAGACCCAAGGGUGGCAUCGGUGUCUACUUUGGAGAACUUCAUCCCUGCAACUACUCGGGCCCUCUCGUAGGAGACGUUCAGACCAACCAGAGAGCUGAGCUGUCUGCUAUUUUGAAGGCCCUCGAAAUCAUCGAUAACAGAGGUGAAAACCUUAACUGGCAGAUCCGAUCAGACUCGCAGUACGCUGUCAACUGCUGCUCGCAGUGGCUGGAGGGCUGGAAGAAAAACGGCUUCAAGACCGGCAAGGGAAAGGAGGUGGAGAACCAGGAUCUCAUUCUAGCCAUCGAUGAGUAUCUGCAGAAGCCGCGAACUCGGAUCGGGACCCGAAUCACCUUCAAACACAUUCCGGGUCACGCUGGAGAGAACGAAGAGGUGGAUGCCCUCGCCAAGCAGGGUAUUACCGAGUCAGUUUGGAAGCCUUAG